CAAGAAUAACAUGACAUGACAUAAGUACAAAGUACAAUGACGGAGCGAAGUUAAAACCCAACACAACUCUACUAUCUUCUUAAAUUUCAUCCUGUUUCUCUGCACAGUCAACACACCUAUCAGCGCGAUGAAAUUUGGUGGAGUGAUACUAGCAAUAUACAUCGCUGCAGUUGUCAAUGCAAACGAUAUCCUCACAAAUCAAGACAACAACCAAUGGUAUAAAGAUGGUUUGAAACUGGUGCAGGACAACUUGAAGGUGAAAUCAAACACGAACACUGCAAAGAACGCCAUCCUCUUUGUCGGCGAUGGAAUGGGUUAUACAACCAUCACUGCAACGCGCAUAUUGGACGGACAGAUGAAAGGCCACUCAGGCGAGGAGAAUGUGCUGAGCUGGGAAACAUUUCCGUGGUCGGGUCAGGCCAAAACUUACAACGUUGAUACGCAGGGUGCAGACUCGGCGGCUUCUGCGACGGCGUUUAUGAAUGGAAUAAAGACCCUUGAUAACGUUCUUGCAAUGGAUGAAAGAGUAAAAAGAGGGUACUGCUCCACUUGGAAAGCAGAUCGUAGAGUCAUAUCUCUCUUAUCACUGGCAGAGAUGGCUGGGAUGUCAACUGGAAUCGUCACCACCACGCGUGUAACUCACGCAACUCCCGCGAGUGCAUUCGCGCAUUCUGUGGAUCGCGACUGGGAGAGUGAUUCGGAGAAGGAGGAAACGGCGAAAGAUGAUGCAACUUCGUGCAAAGAUAUUGCUCUUCAGCUCAUUGAAUACGCUUAUGGAGAUGGAAUAGAAGUUAUCUUUGGUGGUGGACGCAGAGAGUUCAUGCAUAAAAAUCAAACAGACCCUGAGUACCCGGACAAAAAAGGAAGAAGACACGAUGGCAGAGAUCUAAUACAGGAAUGGGUGAAGAAGCAUCCUAACUCGCAGUACGUGUGGAACCAAACAGGUUUUGACAAUAUUGACGUGAACAAAGUUAAGCACGUGAUAGGGCUUUUUGAACGUUCUCACAUGCAAUAUGAAGUUGAUCGAGAGGAAGAUGGCGCUGGCGAACCAUCAAUAGCAGAGAUGACAGAAAAAGCCAUCAAAAUACUGCAGAAAAACUCCAAAGGAUACUUUCUUUUUGUCGAAGGAGGACGGAUUGAUCAUGGACACCACGCGAAUUGGGCGGUUAAGGCUAUUAAUGAUGGCGUAGCCAUGGAUAAGGCGGUCAUCAAAGCAAAGGGACUGAUAAAUAAAGAGGAAACGCUGAUAACAGUUACCGCUGACCACUCUCACGUCUUCACCAUCGGUGCGUAUCCCCAGCGCGGGAACCCGAUGUUUACCUUAGUAAAUGAAACUGGCGGACAUUUGGCGGUUGGAUCCGAUAACAAGACUUACACUUCACUCGGCUACACAAACGGCCCAGGAGGUUUAACUGGGGCUCGUCCAGACCUCAGAGGGGUCGACACCACGGAUAAAGUAUAUCGCACCCAAGCUACUGUUCGUAAGAGUUCUGAGACUCACGGAGUUGAAGAUGUUGGGGUAUACGCGGACGGACCUGGUGCAUACUUGUUUCAUGGCGUAUUUGAACAGCAGUACGUGUUCCACGUGAUGGAUCACGCGUUAUGUCUGAGUAACAGCAAACAGGAAUCAUGUGCAAAGCACGUGGCGCGGGGAGGAAAAGCACCAGUCACAACAAGCAAACCGCCGGUUAUAAAUGGAGGGUACACUUUUUGUGUCUCUUCAUUUAAUUCGCUGAUCAUUUUGGCUUCUUGGAUCAUUCUGUUGUUCUGAAGAUACUUAAGAUGAAAAGCGACAUCAAGAAAACACUGCUGCACAAUAAAAAGUAGAGAACUUCGCGUGCAUUGGUCUCCUGUUGAAAAGUUAGAUUUUUACGAUUGCUUUGUAAGAGAGACCGGUUUUGUUUAAGCUUCAGUCAUUCUCAUGUAACAGGCACAUUUGACUGAAAUAGAUGUAUGUUUACAGAGUGAUACCGCUGUGCCUUAGUCAAAAUGUAUAGCAUAUGAUGUAAAAAAUAAAAAGUAUAUAAUUUAAGUGAAAUUAUGUUGUUUUUUGUGUGCAAUGGUUGAUGGAAGCUUUACCCCAUCAAAUCCAGUUUAUAUAACCAAUCAGAAGACUAAGUUCUGUUUGGAGUUUUCUGUCGUUUCGCACGGACCGGAGGGACUCACGAUAGUUUCUAUGUUUAGCUUCUAAACGAGGGAAUUAUUUUUGUUAUUUUGUUAGAAAUCUGGCUAGAAUUAUGUAACAAGG